AUGGAGCAGCACUUGUCCGAGUCGGCUGCCUACCUGGCAGAAGCACCCCCUAUCCCCCGACGAUCCCGCGAACGAGACCGCAUUCGAAACCUCUCUGACCAGCAAGACGAAACCAAGAAAGUUGAAAAGACAAGUGGACAAACUUGGAGGCAAACAUUGGAAAACCACCGGCAGAGAGAUCCCAACCGAACCCCCGUACGGACCCCCGACCGAAAAGACAAAGACCGACGCACCGACCACAUAGACCACGCGUCCGCCGCCAGCUUAGCAGCCAGCGCCAACAACGCCAACCCCAACCGAGACAGGGAUCCCGACCGGCCAAUCCAACCCGCCUCUCCUGAGGUCAUCUCGUCCCUCAUCACAUCCCUCGAAACCAUAUCGCGCCCGCUGAGCACCCAUUUCGAGUCGUCCUUCUAUCUCGAGCCCAUAGGCCCAUCCAGCCCCAUCGACCUGUCCAAACCCGGUUCGUUCGGUGUCGACUACGGCGCAUACUCCAAGCCCUCCGACAGUCAGUGGCAGCACGAACAUGCCCCCGUAACUGCAAGCCCUCCCGUUGUCCGGACUGGCAGAUCUCGCCCUACAUCCAAGAUAUCCGUGUCCUCCAAGGGCCCAAAAUCACCAAAGAGCCCGGCACACUCUCGCGAACCCUCCGGUCUCAGGAGCUUGCUCUCGCGCGGUAGCAGCAGCGCCCUGUCGCGAUCGUCGAGCAAGGCCUCCCUUGCAUCCGCAAGCGAAAGCAUCGGCAGGUUGAGCAUCGAACGAGGAAGCGAACCGGUUUCUCCCGUUGGGACCGACCCAAAACCAUUGCGCCGACAGAAAUCCGCCGAUAGUUGGAAUUGGAGGACAGCAGGUCGCAGUCAGCGCGGGUUGAUGUACAUGAGCAGCAAGGAGAAAUUGCGCGAACAAGAAGUUGAGAAGAAUAAGAGGGCGAGCGUUAUUGGUAUCUCGGCACUGGUUGCAAGUUCAACAACAAUAGGACUGGUUGGAACGGGCACAACAAGCGGCAGCUCGACACCCCGUCUUGAUCCGUUUUCGGUAGAGAGCAUCAUCAGCGAGGAACCAGGCAGCGAUAUUCCUUCUACGCCCAAGCUAUCGACAGAUUGGGAACCUCCAAGCGGCUUUGGGAGCUCCCCGCCAGGUAUUCCAACCAGGGAGUCAUCGUUAAGGAGGUCACAGAACCCUAAGCGGUCGUCUACCAGGGCGUCGCGCAUGUCAAGACGGAAUAGCGAAACGGGCGCAGACGACACCAUCCACGAACUCGAAGAGUAUCCCAGCGAACCCCCCGAGGCACGAACCGAGAAACCGAAACGACGCGAAAGGAAAAUGUUGGACCCCUUACGCCUUUCUGCAGACUUACGUAUGAAACCAGCAUUAUCCUCACCUACAAUCAACAUGUUCCCAGAAUCCGAAACCGACGAUGUUGCGCCCUCUCCCGCUAUCGCCCAGUCACGCCCCCAGGAUCGCGAUGCGGACCCAAAAUCGAAACGAAGAUCAGCCUUUCUGAACCCAGACUCUUUGGUCGGUAACGGUGAUAGUAACGGGAAUCUGGAUGUGAAAAACAAGCGAGCUAGCAAGGGAAUCGGACCACAUGUUACAUACGAAAGGCCAAGGAGCGCAGACAGCAUCGAUGACUCGGUUGAGGCUUACCUAUGUAGUCCCCGACUGAGCCAAAAGAUCCGACACCCGCAGACAGGUCGCGUAAUCAGCUUCAGCGAAGUGGGCGAUCCUAACGGGAGCGCUGUCUUUUGCUGUGUGGGCAUGGGUCUGACGAGGUACAUUACGGGGUUUUACGACGAGCUGGCUUUGACGUUGAAGCUCCGGAUGAUUACCCCUGACAGACCUGGAGUGGGCGAUAGUGAGCCGUAUAGUGAUGACAAUACCACGCCUUUGAGCUGGCCUGACGACGUCUAUGCGAUAUGUCAAGCCCUCAAAAUCACAAAAUUCUCGAUUCUCGCCCACUCCGCUGGCGCCAUCUACGCCUUAGCGACCGCGCUACGCAUGCCUCAACACAUCAGAGGAAAGAUCCAUCUACUUGCGCCUUGGAUUCCUCCAUCCCAAAUAAAUGUCAUCGGAGGCGGUUCUCAAAACCCCUUACCACCCACCAACGCCAUCCCUACCAGCCAGAAAAUUCUCAGGGCCCUACCAACACCCAUCCUCAAAGUCGCCAACAGUAACUUCAUGCAAGCCACCAGCUCAAGCAUCACCUCCUCCCUACCCAAACAAAAACGCGCCAAGCGCGACAAGAAGAAAGACAAAUAUUCUUCGUUGGGCAUAAUCGAAAACAAAGACUCCGAUCGCCCCGCCACUUCCUCCGGCAUCAUCAGUACUGAACCAACCGGCGCAGAUGAAGACAUGGACCGCAUCCGCCCCACCAUAACCAACAGCAACAAGGGCAUCGGGGGCGGCAGCGGCAGCGGCAACGGCCACCGCCACCGCCACUCCCGCUCCAAAUCUACCAACCUAGCCGGCAUCGACGAAAACCCCUCUCGCCACUCCACCUCCGGCCUCUCCGACUCCGAAAUCGCCGCCGCUUUGGCGGUACUCGAGCGCGAACGCCAACAACAAUACGACCACCGCCUGACGCACGCCAUCUGGCAGUUAGCAACCACAGGCGCCAACCCGGCCGUCGACCUCUUAGUCUGCUUAGAGCGGCGCCACACCAUCGGCUUUCGCUACGUGGACAUCACCCGUCCGGUGGUGAUCCACCACGGCAGUCGCGACACGCGGGUCCCUGUCGAAAACGUGAAAUGGCUAGGCAAAAUGAUGAGGCGGUGCGAGGUCCGGAUCCUAGAGGGCGAAGGACACGGGUUGAUGGCUAGCGCGCAGGUCAUGGCGGGAGUGUUGAUGGAGGUGAGUAGGGAGUGGGAGGAGUGGGGCCGGGUGACGGGGCAGAAUCCGGGGGUGUUGAGUGAGAGGGGGGGAGCGACGGGGACGGGGAAAGGGGAUGUGAAUGGGAAGCACGGGCACGGGCACGGGCAUAGGAGGGGCACGAUGGAUCGGUUGGGGAUGAGUAUGGGGAUGAGUUUUGGGUUGGGGGGCGGGGGAGGGAGUGGGAAGGAAUGA